CGAAAUUUAGGUUAUCUUAUUAUUAUUAAGUAAUAAUUUUGAAUUUCUGACAAAAGUACUCAAGGAGGAAAACGGAAAAGAAAACUAUAAUUUCUCUAUUACAUUGAAUGUAUUUUAAAUAUUAUGAAUAAUAAGCAUAAGUCUAUGCACUGAUCUAACAGUGACUCAUGCAAGUGUUAAAAUUUUGUCAAUUGUUUAUAUUCGAAUUUUACCGAAAUGCAAGUAAAUAUACUCUGAAAAUGCACUAGACUGAACUGAAAUGUUAUUAUAUUAUAUUAAUUUAAUGUUUAAAUGUUAGGUAGUACAAUUUAUUACUAUAUUAAUGUGUGACAUUAAGAAAUAUAGGUGUGUGAACUGUGGGAAGGGCCAUAGCGCUCUAUACAAAACUUAUGGACCCUCGGUCCUCAAACUUACUAAAUGUGAUAAAUGCAAGGGUAUUGUGGACAAAUAUAUCGAGUAUGACCCAGUUAUUGUGAUGAUUGAUCUUGUACUGAUGUCAAAAGAGGCCCAAAGGCAUGUUUUAUAUAAUACAGAGUUUGAGUCAUAUUGGAAACUGUUUAUAAUCCUGGUGAUGCUGGAGACGUAUGGCGUGUGGCACAGUGAUAGCUUAUUCAACCUGGCAGUGGACACAGUCUGUGAUAUAUCUAACAAUACAGAUUAUAAAACAAAUACAAAUUUUACAAUAAGAAUAGCAGAGUAUUGGAAAUCCAAAUGUUGGGAGUACAAGCAGGAUCAUAGAGGGGAUAAUAACGAUCUGUUUAUAUGGGAGAAAGAUUUUUAUAUCCAGUUCUUAGCUACAUUUAGUGGUUUAUUAGUUUUCCUAGUUUUGCUGCAUUCUAUUAUGAGUAUUGUUAAGUUAAGAUUGAUGCGUAAAGAAGUGUCUUUGAGGCUUGUGCUGAAGUCGUUCUCCCUGGCCAACAUGAGCGUAGUUUUCACUCUGCCGACGCUGGUGUGGAGUGCGGACGCGUUCCGGCCACUACACUACGCACUCGUCUUCGUCUACAGUUUCAAUGUGUUCACCAAUGUCUUUACAGUAAUAUACGAGUGCCCUCUUCUGGUGACAGUUAUCACACUGCUACUAUGCAACUGUGCCAAAUAUGUGACCAGUUUCCACGCGAUGCUUCUCUUCAGGGGACAAAUAUUAUGAAAGAAACACAAGUUUAUAUAUCACAGAGUAUUUAUUUGAAAAUAUAAUUAUAUAAUCUUACUAAUUUACAUCUUUUAUUUUACAGUCUAUGAAUACAGAUAUCAAAAAGGUAAAAUCAUAGAGACUGCAAUGUGAACACAAUUUUGUCGUUGAAAAUGUUUAUUGUCAAUAUCUCACUCCUGCCGAGUGUAGUGGAAAAUAAAUAUAAGCUUUAUUCAAACAAACUUAAUAUUAGUACUUCUGUAUAGUUGUUUUCACGAUAGUGCUACCUCAAUCUGAAUGCAAAUUCAGCUAAGAAUAGACAAGAAUCUCAACUCAUUCUCAAAGAAAAACAUAAAAGUUAUCAAAUAUAUAUUUUACAAGCUUAAAUUUUCAGAUUUUCUCUAAAUAAUACAAGUUGCCAGACACAUUG